GCAGUUAAGCACGAUGCCUCGUGGUAAGCGGCGACAUGAGACCGUCUGCAAGAAAAGAGAAUGGUCUCGAAAUCUGGAUGUUGUGGGACAAACUGUUAAAGCGAAUCCAGGUUUGCAUUUCUUUGAAGAAGGAGAAUCAGAAUUUAAACGCAAAGACUUUGUUGGUGCCAAACUAUAUUACAGCAUAGCUCUGAACGUGCUGGAAGAUAUCCUUACGUCGCCUCCUCAAUUGACAGUAAUAGCUUUACUUAGGAGAGCACAGUGUUUCCUUUAUCUGGGUCGUCUUGACCAAUCCGUGCGAGACUGUAAGAAAGCUUUGAACAUCAGUAAAGAGAUAGGCUUCCAAGAGGGAAUAUUUGAAGCGAUUAUGCACAGGACCGUUACCCUUGAAGUAACUGGUGAUAUUCAAGGUGCUUUACAACUGGCGGUAUUCCUUAGGAUAUUAGAUUUCAAGAAAGCAUUAUUACGUGUUAAGAGACUACGGGAGAACUUGGAAAUAAUUUUCAGAGAGGACUCAACACUUGCUUAUGAGCUUGGAGACAAUCUUAUGCGUACUGGAAUUGAAUUUUUUACAAACAACUGUUUUAAGGAAGCCGCUGAAUAUUUCACUGAAGUUAUUCGCCUUGUUUGUGAAUUCAACUUCAUCCGCGAAGCUUAUAUAUACCAAGCCAAAUGCCAUCUUAAGCUGGGUGAGUACGAAAACGCAAGGGACCUUUGUACGACAGUUUUAGAACGCUUCCCUGAAGAUGAAGAUGGCAAAAUUCUCCUCGAAAGCAUUAACACAUUGAUCUUGGAACGUAAGGAAGGCACGAAAAAGAAAAUUUCAAAAAAAGUUCUGACCAAGAAGCAAAGACAGCGUGAGGAAUAUCGGCGGAUGAAAGAGGCAGAGGAAAUCGGGAAGGAAAUCCGAGACAAAAUAGAUAAAGAUCGGGAAAAACAGGAAAAAAAGCGAGAAAAGGAAAAAACAGAACAGGAUGGAGCAAAAUCCCGUCCGAUGCCCUCGUUUGACGUGAGAGCAGCCUUCGAUGCGUCGAAUUCCAGAAGAGAGACUACGGAUAAACAAAUCAAAGUUCAAGCCGUAGCGGAACCUGGGGCAAGACCGAAGCAAAGAAAACCGAUCGAGAUAUCUGGGAAAACUCAGGACAGAGACAGCGGGAAAAUAACCGUAGCUGAACCUGGUGCAAGACCGAAACAGAGAAAGCCGAUCGAGAUAUCUGGGAAAACUCAGGACAGAGAAAGUGGAAAAAAAAAACACAAGGACGUGGGCUGCAAAAAGAACGACAAGGCUAGAGGCCCGAUAGAAUUAAAGCCUCAGUGCCGAGGACCGGCUAGUUUGAAUGUUUCACAUGCAAUGGAAGGCUGGCGGCCCCUUCCCGAUGAAUCAUCUGACUCCGAAUGGGGUGUAUCUAAUAUAAACCAAAUAGCACAUACAUCAACCAAAGCAGGACAUGGAUGGACUCCGGUAACUUCAAAGAAACAGAGACUAAAGUUAAUGGCCAAAAGUUCUUCUAGUUCCGACUGGCCAUCACUGCCAGGACCUUCCUUUGUAGAAGAUAACGGUAGUUUGCAAGGGUCUAACUCGACUGCAACAAAACGUUUUCCCGCUCACCCUGUCGAACUUCAGGAACCCAAAUCCGAGCAAAAAUCAAGAGAACAAUUAAGGGGAGGGUUUGCAGACAACACGGAUUACGUCCCUCAACAAUCGCUGAAUUCAUCACGUCACUUGGAAUCUGCAAGACUAAACUCUUUGCUCAGCCAUGCAGAUUCCCAGAGACAGAACUUAUUUUCGACAGAUCAAGAGUCCUUUUGCCGUCCAGAUGGUACACACACUGGACUCACAGAAGCAAAAAUGCCUGUCCGUUCCAGUUACCCAUCUUCGAAUUUAUCCCCUGAAACGAGGACAGUGGACUUUGGAAACACACCCAAAUCGCAAUGGGAGUGUCUUGAGCAGAUUUCUCCUCUCCAGAUUUACCACUCCUUGGAUUUAGCAAACAAAACAAACAAAGGCGUUUUGAAUACCAAAGCUGCGUCGGAACCACCUCUCGAUACAGAUGUUUCACCACAAACAGGAUUAAAUUUCAGUUGGGCUCCUCCACCAGGAGUUUCCACUCUUUGUGAGCAUUUCCUGCAGGAUAACAGAAAAGGACAACCUUUCCGAUAUCCAAAACCUUGUUCAAACUGCACAAAGCGUUCGAAGCUUGCGUACGGAAUUUGGAGAAGCAACACUAAAGAGUGGCAGGUGAUGAGACCCUACCCAAGAGACGUGAGCCCUCUUGUUCCUUUCCAGCUCUGCUGGCACUUCACUGAUGGCGUCAGAUGCCAAAAAAAUCCUUGUACAUUUGCCCAUGGCAUGGAGGAGUUAACGUUCUGGACUUCAGAAAGACAAUCAGGCCGUGCCCCGUUUGGACAGAUUGCUAGUCCUGAAGGUUCGCCUGAAGGGAAUGAUUUCCAGGACAUUCCUAAGCCCCAAGAACGCGUCCGAGAAUCGUUGAUCAUUCGUGGUAUAAGGUCAAAUAAGCCAAGGCCUCCUCCAACCGGGGUAUACAAUGGAAAUUUUCAAUUGUGUAAAUGGUGGAAGUCUGGUCGAGUGUGCAGGUACGGGACAUAUUGCACCUUUGCUCACGGCGAAAACGAACUGAAAUCAUGGAUGGGAUACAACAAGGAAAUUCAGGAAGCUAAAAGCGAAGAAGAAUUAUCCUUGCAAAAACCGGAAAGGAGUGCAGACAUUUCAAGAAGUGAGAUGGUUUACAGUCUCCCUGGUGUAGAGGUCUCAUGCAAUAAACCUACGAGCGUGAAGAUCCUCCUUGGCGGGGACGAGAGGCGCCGUAUCUUUCAUUGGGAAUUUACGGUCAAAUUCGAGAUAAGUGAAGUUGGCAAGCUAUGUGAAAUUGCUCUCCUUCAUCGCUAUCACGACUGCUAUCGAUUGACAAAGAUUAUUGGCUUUCUUAACAACGUCGAGAUAUUUUCAGAAGUUCCUAGAGAGCUAUGGUCCUACAAUCUUCCUAGUGGCAGUUGGAAUGACACAAAACAGGGCCAAAUGAAAGUUGUCGUAUCUGUCUCCUUUGAAACCACAGCGAGUAACCGGACCUUUACGCAGUGCCUAAGAUUUGACUUUGGCAAAAAGCCCUUUUUAUUGCAAGGAUUAAAUGNUAUCUGUCUCCUUUGA